UCAAUUGCAUGUGAGGCCCAUUUAUUUUCUUUCGUUUUUACUUUAUGUAAUCUUCUUUUACAUUCAUUUAACAUUCAUAUCUAUAUCUAUCCCCUCCCUCCCUAUAUAUAUAACAGUCCGUCCACCCUCUCUCUUCGUCUCACUUUCACAAUCUGUACCAUCCUACCUCGUAACAUAGUAUAAAUAUAUACAUACACAUUAUAUAUAUAUAAUACAUAUAUGGCUCCUGCGGGCGACAACGUUGUAGUUUCUAAAAUGAAGCUGGAAAGGAUGCUGAGCAUGAAAGGAGGGAGAGGGGAAGCUAGCUAUGUUAACAACUCUCAGGCUCAGGCUCAGCAUGCUCGAUCAAUGCUCCAUCUCCUGAGAGAAACCCUGGACGGCGUCCGUCUGCAGACCCCGCCGGACUUUCCCUUCGUGGUGGCCGACCUCGGCUGCUCCUGUGGCAGCAACACCAUUUACAUGGUGGACGUCAUCAUCCAACACAUGACUAAGCGCUACGAGGCGGCGGGCUGCGACCCGCCCGAAUUCUCAGCCUUCUUCUCCGAUCUACCUUCAAAUGACUUUAACACCCUCUUCCAGCUCCUCCCUCCCUACGGCGGAGUCAGCAUGGAGGAGUGCCUGGCUUCCAACAGCCACCGCUCUUACUUCGCCGCCGGAGUUCCAGGUUCCUUUUACUAUCGACUUUUCCCGGCCAAGUCCGUUGAUGUGUUCUACUCCGCGUUUUCCUUGCACUGGCUGUCUCAGGUUCCUGAUGUGGUGUUGGACAAGAGAUCGACGGCAUACAACAGGGGAAGAAUAUUUAUUCACGGGGCAAGCGAGAGCACCGCAAAUGCAUACAAGAAACAAUUCCAGAGUGAUUUGGCUGGAUUCCUGAGAUCAAGAUCCAAAGAAAUGAAGAGUGGAGGGUCCAUGUUCUUGGUUUGCUUAGGUCGGACUUGUUCCGACCCGACCGACCAGGGCGGGGCUGGGUUUCUCUUUGGGACCCAUUUUCAGGAUGCUUGGGAUGAUCUAGUCCAGGAGGGUCUAAUCACUAGUGAAAAACGUGACAACUUCAACAUCCCAAUCUACGCACCGAGCCUAGAGGACUUCAAGGAGGUGGUGGAGGCCGACGGUUCAUUCAUCGUCAACAAGCUGGAAGUUUUCAGAGGUGGAAGCCCUCUGGUGGUGAACCACCCGGACGAUGCAGCUGAGAUAGGCCGCGUGCUGGCCAACAGUUGUCGUAGUGUUAGCGGUGUCCUAGUUGAUGCACACAUAGGUGAUCAACUGAGCGACGAGCUCUUCUCGCGUGUGGCGAUGCGAGCCACAAGCCGUGCCAAGGAGCUACUAGAGCAGCUUCAGUUCUUUCACAUUGUUGCAUCCCUUUCUUUAGCUUAGUGAACAACAAUUAAAGACCCCCCUUGCAAGAUUAUUGAUGUUUAUAGAAAAGAUGAAACUAAGGGGAAAUUGUUUGACUAUGUGUUGGUAUAAUUAGUACUCUUGUAUUGUGGUUUAAGAACUAAUGUGUGUUAUUAGCGACUGUUUAUAUGCAAAUUUUAUGGAUAGAAUUGAGUUCGGAGUAC